AUGUGGAGGUGUUUUUGCAUUUAUGUCAUCAUUGUUUCAUCGACAGCGAUUACCAGAUUAUCGGAAAAUGAAUUAUUUCCUUGCAGUUUCCUUAAUGGAGAUCAAAAUCUUAGCCCGUUAAGAUGUCAGAACGGGAUAGAUUGUAUAGGCUUGGAACACGUGUGUGAUGGGAUCCGCCACUGUCCAGACUCCAGGGACGAAACAUUCUGUUUGUUAUCAAAUAACAGAUCGAAAAGGUCCAACGCCUGUGUCCUACCUGCGUACCCCAACCAUGGAAUAUAUAGAGUUUCAAACAACCCUCAAGCCCGCCCUGGUGAGACUUUAGAUAGUUUGGCACUGACGGUCUACUGUCGACGAGGUUAUGGAGUAGUGAACAGGGGCAGUUCAAGUGGGAACGGCACAGAAGUAUUCUGCGUCAAUGGAGUUUGGUACCAAAAUAUGCCUCAAUGUGUCCGUUUCUGCAAACUGGAUCCAAACCCUAGUGUCCGCUACAUGUGCCACGUGCCAGGAUUGGGGCUCAAGGUCUGUGACAACUAUGUGUCUCCAGGAACGUUGGUCAGCCCUGUCUGCAACACUCCCAUCUACUACUCCACUGAAAGUUUCUCAAAGAUGAAGUGUACUACUGGUUUCUGGAAUUACGUCGCUCAAUGUAAAGCAGAGUGUGGUCGAGUGUCGCCUGAAGCCUUUCAGCUGGUGAUUGAUGGGAAGGAAGCCAAGCGUGGAGAGCUUCCAUGGCAUGUUGGUGUUUAUCGCAAAGCAGCUGAUACUCUUGAACAGAUCUGUGGUGGAUCUCUUGUCUCCAAUAAUGUGGUUAUAUCAGCUGCCCACUGUUUCUGGAGUGACACCAUAAAGGUGUUACCGGCAUCUAACUACAAAGUCGGAAUAGGCAAACUCUAUCGUUCGUGGGACAGCAAAAGAGAUGUUGGUGUGCAGAAAUCUGACGUAAAACAAAUAAAAAUUCCAAGUCUCUUCCAAGGGGCUGCUGCCAACUUUCAAGAAGACAUUGCUAUUUUAAUUCUGACCACUCCAUUCGUCUAUCAGACACACGUGAGACCGGUGUGUCUCAAUUUUGAUAUUAACUUCGAAAGAUGGCAAUUACAACAAGGGAAUGCUGGCAAGAUUGCAGGCUGGGGUCUUACAACAGCCAACGGAAAUGCUUCCCCGAUUCUAAAAGUUGUUGAUAUGCCAUUUAUCAACGCAGCCAACUGUAUUAAGGCUCUUCCACCAUCCUUUAGGGAGUAUAUAACAGGAGACAAAUUUUGUGCAGGGUAUACCAAUGGAACUGCUUUGUGCAGAGGAGACAGUGGAGGAGGACUAGCCUUUGCAGACCGAGAGCUGGGAAUUGAUAGAUAUUAUCUGAGAGGCAUCGUGUCUACGGCGCCACGAAACGAUGACAAAAUGUGCAAUGAUAACGCUUAUACCACCUUCACAAAGAUAACGAAACACCAGGAAUUCAUCAAUGACGCGCUUGCUGAGAGUGCUAGUAGGACUUGCCCGUUUUACUCGUUCCAAUGUCUUGAUGGAUCUUGUGUGGAUCAAGGAGCUGAUUGUGAUGGGAUAGAAGAUUGUGCGGAUGGGUCCGAUGAAGCUAAUGAACUGUGUAAAGCAACUGUGGAUAUAAUCGACGGAUCACCACCGUCUGAUGUUUGCGUCCUACCAGCAUAUCCUAAUCACGGCUCUUAUAUUGUCUCAAAUAUUUCAAAUCCAAAACCUGGUCAGCAUCUGGAAACAUUUCUUCUGAGAGUUUCUUGUUCCAAAGGAUAUAAUUUAGCUACCCCAGGAGUUGGUACAAUUUUACUUGAUACAGAAGUGUACUGCAGUAAUGGAGUAUGGUAUCAGAAAUACCCUAAAUGUAUUCCGGCUGAUUGCGAAAUAGAAGGGAAAAAGGGUAAAUGUGUUCCUUCAAAUGUGUGUCCCCUCGUACCGAGGGGCAAUCUGACAAAAUCUGAACCACCGCUCUGUACAAGUCCUUCUGAUAAAAUGCCACUAAUAUGCUGCACGGAUUACGAGGUGGCCAGUGACAGAGUGGUAUUAUUUUUUAACCCACUGUUGAAAAUUUCGCCCAAAACAGGCGCUAGCAAAGCAAGAGAUAAAUGCACAGAGUAUAUGAAAACGCUAGACUACACUUGCGGUACAGAUAAUUCUAUACAGGUAAACGGAAAACCGAUAGAUCAGCAUCGAUUAUGCUAUAUCAAGAAUCGUAGGCAACCCGGAGGAGAAUUGAAUUCAGCUCUAAGAAGUGCCUCAAGAGGAGAAUUUCCACACAUGGCAUCACUAGGAUACGGUGAAACGAUAGACACAGCAAGUUGGGAGUGUGGCGGGUCAAUCAUCAGUGAAAGAUUCAUUCUUACUUCAGCGCAUUGCUUGUUCUAUCCUGAACUAGGUCCGGUAAAAUAUAUCGCCCUGGGUGUACUAAGGCGUGCAGAUCCAUAUGGUAAUUGGCAGCGGUACAACGUGAAGAGAUCCAUCGUCCGCUCAAACUACAAUCCAUCGCUUGGUUACCACAACAUAGGUCUGGUGGAAACUGAUAGACCAAUCGCAUUCAGCUCUUCAGUUCUACCAGCGUGUAUCCAUGGAGAAGAAAAAACGGUGGAUUACGAGUACCUUCCCGGCUUUGGAGUCUUAGUUGACCCUAUACUCAGACAUGACAUUCUUCAAUCUGUACUCAAGGUCAGGUUUGAAGGAAAAUACUCAAGUCAAAACCCACCACAAGUACCCAUGCAAAAACCUAAUCAGGGAAGCAUCAUGGAUGCCGUGCAAUCACAGAACAACGGACAAUGUCCAUUUCUGUUGCUUGGAUUGUUCUCACAUCCAGUCGACUGCAACGUCAACGGCAAUCAAACGAUAGUUACGGAAAUCAAAUAUUAUAUAGAUUGGAUCGAAAAUGUAGUGUGGCCUUAA